ACACAUUUUUAUUAACCUGACAAACUAUACAACGGUGCUAUAAUGUCGGUCUCUUCAAAGCACUAUAAACAGUUUAUCUAUGAUUCAUGAUUCGGUAGCAGAAGGGGAAUGAAUACGAAGAAUAGAAUAAUUAUAUUCUCUGUCUGAUGUGAAUGCGGUCGUGUGAUUGUGGAGCUUACAUUGUGAUCUUAAAAGAUUUUUAAUACUACUCCACACUCUACCGAAAAAAAAGGUUUCUCUGAAGACCAAAAAGUUUUGACCAGAAAGAAAUCAUGGGUCGCAGUAAAAAGUGUAAUCAGAAAGAACCAAGAAAAGAUGAAAACGCAGUAAAACGUGCAGGUGAAGGAGCUGAAGGAGGUAAAGCAAUGAAUAACUUUCCAGAAAAAUCGAAGGUUGAUGGUACCGAUCCAAAGAAGUCUGAUGAGUUGGUGAAACUAGUCAAGGAUCUUGCUUCUUGUGUUGUUCAAACAGGCACUAAUGGCAUCAUCCGGGAUGAUUCGCAUCGUGAACUAAAAAUUUGUUCAUUGCAACGUAUUAUACCGGAAGGUACGCAUUUCGAUGGAACUUAUUAUUACCUGUUAACCAUGACGAUACCACUUCCACGAGGAACUUAUAAACUUAUCCCAAUUGAGCAAAUUUCUAACAAAAUUGGACUUGAAUCAGCAAAUGUGGUUACUGAACAUGGUUCUGAUGAAAAUUUAGGUAACUCUGUAGCUACAGAAUGUACUACUGAAAUCUCGGGGGACUCAGAAGCUACAGAAAACACUGAUGACACUUCUUCCUCUUAUUACUCAGAAACUGCAGAAGGUUCAGAUGAUUCAUCGGAUCAAAGUGAUAUGGAUAAUGGUCCUUUCUUGUGUUGCGAUCAAUGUCGACAAGCUGAUUUCUCCGCUGCUAAAAAAAGAAAAUAGGUGAAUGGUAGUAUCCGUUGUCAAAAACGCAAAAUUCUUCAGUAGAACACAUAAAACAACUCUGCUUCAUUAAUUGUAAUGUGGAAGCAAGAUAUAUUUUUAGAUUAACUGAUAGAAUUAUCAUUGUU